CAGUUCUUUGUCUUCCUUUUUCUUAGUAGUCUGGCUGUUGCACCAGUGACAGAAAUUAUCAUCUACUGAACUUGAAUUAGUGUCAAUCUUGCUGCCGUUUGGCCACAGGGAUCUCAAGAUUGCUCAGGAAUAAGAUGCUGAGGCGAAAACCCUCCAAUGCCUCGGAGAAGGAACAGGUGCAGAAGAAGAAGCUCAGCCUGCAAAGGUCCAGCAGCUUCAAGGACUUCAUGAAGCCCAAGACCCCGUCUCCUGUUGUGACAGAUAAGGAGUUCACCUUGGACGAGACGGUGGCAGAUGGGUUUCCACCAGAGGAGACUGGGAAAAGUGGCAGCAAGCUGGGAAAGAAAUGGCGAAAUGUCAUCUCGCGUACCAUGACCCGCAAAACAUCCAAGAUGGUACAGAAGGCCCUGGCUGAGGAGGGGGGGGAGAGCGGUGAGGACAGCUCCCUUUCCCCCAUCAGUGACUGGCUUCCAGACCUGACUGCAGGACAGAGGACUUCUGUCUGCUCCACCGGGUCAGAGGACAUCGUCCCCAGCCCUGUAACCCGACAACUUUCUGGUAGUGGUGAUCGACAAAGCAUGGACAGCGGCUACAGCCAGAGGGACAGCAUGAAACUGGAGGAGAAUGGUCUCUCCUACAGCGGACCCUUUUGUGGUCGCGCACUAGUCCACACCGACUUCACCCCAAGCCCCUACGACGUGGAGUCUCUGAAACUGCAAAAAGGUGACAUCAUCCAUAUUAUUGAGAAACCCCCAGUGGGGACCUGGACUGGGAAGCUCAACAACAAGGUGGGCUCCUUUAAGUUCAUCUAUGUCAACAUCCUGCCUGACGAGAGCCCACCAGUUAGGAGGAAACGCUGCAACAGUAAGCUCUGCAAGGCCAAAGACAGACCCAACACCCUGGAGGAGGUGCUGGACAGCAUCGGCUUGACCGAGCUCAGCUCUUUGCUGUCCAUGCACGGCUUCCAGAGCCUGGAGGAUUUUGGAGGGCUGAAGGAGUCUCACCUGAAUGAGCUGAACAUCACUGACCCAGAACAGCGAGAUAAGAUCCUGAAUGCUUGCGAGCUGCUGAGAGACUCUGAAGAUGAAUCAGACCCAGACGAGCAGGAAAGACCUGAGGACAAGAGCGAGAACCCAAGAGAUUCAGGCUGUUUCGAGAGCUUGGAGAACAUGGAGAACGGCCGCGAGGAGCCCAAGCAGGAGAACUUGCAAGAGCAGAACCAGCAGACCUCCGAGGAGCAGGACAAGGAACAAACAGAUCAGGCGGAUUCCCUCCAGGAGCAGCUGCAGGAGCUGGCUCUGGGCGAGGGCUCUUGAGAAGUGCGGAAAAUAAAAAAACAAAAACAAAAAACAAAAAAACCCCACUGAGAGUGUAUGAAUUCCCGGUCCUUAAGACCACAGCUGGUGGAUGUGUGGUUAACUGAGAACUUUGGCGCUUCAUUGUCAGGGAGUGAAGUGAUGACGGAAGUACGAUACAAGAAUAAGUCAUGAUGAAUACAAGCACAGUGUCUUUGCAGCUGUAUUUUCCCCCAAUUUCCUAAUUUGCAGAGUGGAUUUGCAAUGUACCGUCUUUGACCUUAUGACUGCAGGGUGAUUUGCCUAUUGUGGCUAGGAAUCGAGCCAUGGGUUUUGCAAGCAGCACCAUAUCUCUUCACAUCUGUGUAGUGUUUUGAAUGAAUUGUGUAUUAUGUUGUAUGAAAUAUCAUUGGCUGUCAUUUCUUACAAAGCUGGGACGGUGGUAGAUAAGUCAGUGUUUGUGCUUGUGAUGUUUUAAUAUGUCUUUAAUACGAAAAGAUUUCCUUGUGAAAUGACGAAAUGUUAUCAGCUUCAUGCAAGUGCAGGCCCAUUUUAAAAAUUAAUGCGACAGCAUCCCGUAGAACUACGAACAUAUAACGCACUGAAGAUGUGUCAUAUUUAGACAAAGUCCUCUGUUUGAAUUUAAAUGCUUUGAUUGUCAACAGAUGUAAGAGACCGGCUCUGCAGUUCUGACUUUUUACACUGUAGUCUAUUUGCAUUUCUUUUUUUAUUACUGCCAGGUAUUUUUAUGCCUACGAAAGUUAUGAAGGUGUUGACUUUGCUGUAAAUAGAACUGAAAUAAAAGUUUUGUUCCAUU